AAUUCAUGGAGAGAGGAGAAUGAAGAGUUGUUGGUAUGAAGAAGAGAUUGAACAGAACUUGAGAUGGUGCUAUGCUCUCAAUAGCAUAUUGCACACUGGAGCUACUCAGUAUCAGGACAUCGCUUUGCUGGAUACAAAACCCUUUGGAAAGGCAUUAGUAAUAGAUGGAAAACUUCCGAGCGCAGAGAUGGAUGAAUUUAUCUACCACGAAUCCCUUGUUCAUCCAGCUCUUCUGCACCACCCAAAUCCCAAAUUGAUUUUUAUAAUGGGUGGAGGCGAGGGUUCCACUGCAAGAGAAAUCCUUAGGCACAGGAUGGCGGGGAGGGUGGUCAUGUGUGACAUAGAUGAGGAAGUGGUGGACUUCUGCAAAUCACACUUGGUUGCUGACAAAAAUGCCUUCUUUGAUUCAAGACUUCAACUCCUCAUUAAUGAUGCUCGAGCUCAGCUGGAGAAGAGUGAGGAUAAGUUUGACAUGAUCAUAGGAGACCUGGCCGAUCCCCUCGAGGAAGGUCCAUGUUACCAAUUAUAUGCCAAAUCCUUCUACGAGUCUACAGCCAAGCCUAAGCUUAUGGAGGGUGGCAUCUUUGUGACACAGGCAGGGCCAGCAGGAGUCUUUACGCAUACAGAAGUCUUCUCCUGCAUCUACAAAACACUGAGACUUGUUUUCAGAUAUGUUGUGCCUUACUCAGCUCACAUACCUUCCUAUGCUGACACUUGGGGCUGGGUUAUGGCAUCUGACUCUCCAUUUACAUUAGAUGUGGAGGAACUGGAUGCAAGGAUCGGCCGGAGGAUUAAAGGAGAGAACAGAUAUCUCGAUGCGUCUGCCUCGAUCUUAAGCAAAGUGUCAGGAGAUCCCUAGCAAAGGAAACUCAAUUGUUCACGGAGCGCCCUGCUAAGUUCAUCUGUGGGGAUGGUACCUGUCCCAGUAAACAUAGAAAGUUAUGAACAUGGUUGGUGGAGAUGAUGGAGAGAUCAUGGACAUCUGAAUACUGAAAGCUGUUUUUGUAAUGUAGCUAGAAAUUGUUAUUCCAUGAAAUGCUUCGAACAACUACUAAGUAUAUUUGACUAAAUAAUGGAGAUUUUAGUUUAUGGGAUAAUUGCCACUGAUGUCUUAAGGACAUUACCUUAAA